GGGGCCGGGUUUGGCCCUCGUGAACUCUGACCCAAGCGCAUGGGUUUUUCUUUCCGGGACAAGAUGGCGCCGUCCACGCCGCUCUUGACAGUCCGAGGAUCAGAAGGACUGUACAUGGUAAAUGGACCACCACAUUUUACAGAAAGCACUUUGUUUUCAAGGGAAUCUGGGAAAAAUUGCAAAGUCUAUACCUUUAGUAAGGAUGGCACCUUGUUUGCCUGGGGAAACGGAGAAAAAAUAAAUGUUAUCAAUGUCACUAACAAGGGAUUGCUGCACUCCUUCGACCUCCCAAAGGCAGUUUGCCUUGAGUUCUCACCAAAAAACACUGUCCUGGCAACGUGGCAGCCUUAUACUACUUCUAAAGAUGGCACAGCUGGAAUGCCCAACCUACAACUUUAUGAUGUGAAAACUGGUACAUGUUUUAAGUCUUUCACCCAGAAAAAAAUGCAAAAUUGGUGUCCAUCUUGGUCAGAAGAUGAAACUAUCUGUGCCCGAAAUGUUAACAAUGAAGUUCACUUCUUUGAAAACAACAAUUUUAACACAAUUGCAAAUAAAUUGCAUUUGCAAAAAAUUAAUGAUUUUGUGUUAUCACCUGGACCCCAACCAUACAAGGUGGCUGUCUAUGUUCCAGGAAGUAAGGGUGCACCUUCAUUUGUUAGAUUGUAUCAGUACCCCAAUUUUGAUGGACCUCAUGCAGCUUUAGCUAAUAAAAGUUUCUUUAAAGCUGAUAAGGUUACAAUGCUAUGGAAUAAAAAAGCUACUGCUGUGUUAGUAAUAGCUAGCACAGAUGUUGACAAGACAGGAGCAUCCUACUAUGGAGAACAAACACUGCACUACAUUGCAGCGAAUGGAGAAAGUGCUGUUGUGCAAUUGCCAAAAAGUGGUCCCAUUUAUGAUGUCGUUUGGAAUUCUAGUUCUACUGAGUUUUGUGCUGUUUAUGGUUUUAUGCCUGCCAAAGCGACGAUUUUCAACUUGAAAUGUGAUCCUGUGUUUGACUUUGGAACUGGUCCUCGUAAUGCAGCCUACUAUAGCCCACAUGGACAUAUAUUAGUACUAGCUGGAUUUGGAAAUCUGAGGGGACAAAUGGAAGUGUGGGAUGUUAAAAACUACAAACUUAUUUCUAAACCAGUGGCCUCUGAUUCUACCUAUUUUGCUUGGUGCCCUGACGGUGAGCAUAUUUUAACAGCCACGUGUGCUCCCAGGUUACGUGUUAAUAAUGGGUACAAGAUUUGGCAUUAUACUGGCUCUGUCUUACACAAGUAUGAUGUGCCGUCAAAUGGAGAAUUAUGGCAGGUUUCUUGGCAGCCAUUUUUAGAUGGAAUAUUUCCAGUAAAAACAAUAACUUACCAAGCGGUUCCAAGUGAUGUACCCAGUGAAGAACCUAAAGUUGCAACAGCUUAUAGACCCCCAGCUUUAAGAAAUAAGCCAAUCACCAAUUCCAAACUGCAUGAAGAGGAACCACCUCAGAAUAUGAAACCACAAGCAGGAAAUGAUAAGCCAUUAUCAAAAACAGCCCUUAAAAAUCAAAGGAAGCAUGAGGCUAAGAAAGCUGCAAAACAGGAAGCAAGGAAUGAGAAGAGUCCAGAUUUGGCACCUACUCCUGCCCCACAGAGCACACCACGAAAUACUAUCCCGCAGUCAACCUCUGGAGACCCUGAAAUAGACAAAAAAAUCAAGAACCUAAAGAAGAAACUGAAAGCAAUCGAACAACUGAAAGAACAAGCAGCAGCUGGAAAACAGCUGGAAAAAAAUCAGUUGGAGAAAAUUCAAAAAGAGAAAGCCCUUCUCCAGGAGCUGGAAGAUCUGGAAUUGGGUAUUUAAAGAUUCACAGAGAGCAAGUUGUUACCAGAAAUCAGUGCAAACACAUUUUCUGUUAAACCCAUUGGUGGACAUGAAAUAUCCAUGUGCCCACAUUUAAUGUUCAUCUAUAAUUUUAACCAUUUAUCCAAGAUUCUGCAUAUGUGUGAAGUUAUUUAAUAAUGUCUGUUAAAUUGAUUUUUACAUCCUGCAUCCUAUACCAUGUCAACACGUGAUAAAGAAAAGAAACACAUGAAUUUUUUAGCAAGUUUGACAGAUUGAAAGACAGUGUCAUUGGUUUUUUUAUUAGGGGACAGUAUUUACCAUACAUGUGAAUAAAAGCAUUUAAAUUUAA